AGUUGAGUUGAGUCAGAUGAGGUUGGAAAUAUAGUUGUGAUACUAGCAAAUACAUGGAUUAGGUAUAAAUGCCUUUUACCAUGGAUCAAAAACACCAAGAUGUCUUAAGGCAAAUGCGACAGAACAUAAUCGAUGACUUGGAUGUUUACAAUGGAAUAAUAUUGCCUUUAACAACCGAAUAUAUUUUAAGAGAAGAAGAUGUAAAUGAUAUCAAAAGGGGAAAAACAAAGGAAGAGAGGGCUCAGAUGUUACUAGAUUUACUUCCCAAACGUGGAUCUCAUGCAUUUGAAGUCUUUCAUCAAUCAUUAAGACAUCAAUAUUGGUGGUUAAGUGAUGAAAUUGAUAAAUUACUGGAACCAACUGCAUCUGGGAUUACUUCCAGUGACACCCUAUUCGUUUAUCCAAAUAUGCAACCAGUAUCGCCAUUAACAGUAACAAGAGAUGAAAUGGUGGAAAAGUUGAAAAAUGCAUUAUGCGAUUUACAACCUAACGGAUAUAUAGCUCUUCAUGGAAUGAAAGGUUUUGGAAAGUCUUGUCUUACUGCUAGUACACUAAAGGAUAAAAAUUUGACAUUGAAACUAUUUAACAACGAAAUUUAUUGGAUUAAAUUUGGAUACAAACGUAGUAUUAAUGAAGAAAUACUAAUUCAAUUAAAUAAUCUUUAUCAUCAAAUUAAAAAUUUAAAUACUUUAAUAGAGACUGUAAAUUCAGAACCACUGGAGAAAUCGUUAAAGCAAACAUUAGAAAAUCAUUUCAGAAAACCAGUUCAUCAGCAUGCUUUAUUAAUUUUAGAUGAUGUUUGCCAUAAAGAAAUUGUUGAUAAAUUUGAUUUUGCAUGUAAAACACUAGUUAUAACUCCUGACAUUGGAGUAUUAAGUAAAAGAAGUUAUAUCGUUGUAACUAUGGAUCAUGGCUUUACCGAAGGGGAAACUUUAGGCCUAUUCGCUAAAGUUCUUGAUAUCAGUGUUGAUCGAUUACCUUUAGAAGCAAGAUUAAUUCAUGAAGAAUGCAAAGGAAUGCCAUUACUUAUUGCUAUGUUUGCUGCACAAUUUGAAAACUUUAAACAUGAUAUGAAACACCAUAAUGGACGAUGGGAAUAUUAUCUCAAUUGCUUACGCACUAAAAAUGCAAAAAACAAAGUUAUCGAAGAAUUUAUGAAGAUUCAAGAAGCAACGUUUGACAUGUGUAUCGAUCAAUUGAAAAAAGAAAUGAAAGAGCGCUAUGAAAAUCUUGCUAUAUUUAGCGAAGAUGUUAAUAUAAUGCCUAAGACUUUAGAAAUUUUAUGGGAAGAGGAACCAUAUUCUGUCGAUGAUCAAAUGUUAGAUUUUUGCCAUAAAUCACUAGCUGCAAAAAAAUGGAACGACGAUUUACGAAGCUAUAUAUAUGGUGUUCAUGAUUUGUUAUUGUGCCAUCUUAGAAAGAAGCUAACCUCUACACAAUUACGAGAUAAGCACAGGGUAUUCAUUGAAAAAUAUAGAAAAUAUUGUAAUGGAGAUUUUUCAAAAUUACCAAAUGACAAUUAUAGUUUAUCUUACAUUGGGCACCACCUCGAGCAAGCAGAAAUGUUUGAAGAGUUUGCAUCGCUGUAUAUGAAUUUUGAUUUUCUUCAAGCAAAGAUUAAUUACACCGGUUUGAGUGAUUUGUUCAUCGAUUUAAAAAAAUAUAGAAAAUACAUAACAAAUAAUGGAGAUAAAAUUAUAGAAUCAAAUCUUGUAGAUCUAGAAAAAUUUUUAGAGAGUCAAGCAAAUACCUUAGCAAAACAUCGACUUAUGAAGUGCUUAGAUUUAGUUCAGAUUGCUUUAGAUCAUCCAGAUAAAGGAUUUGUUAAAGAUACUGCUAAAAGAUUAGCUUUAUCUAGAUCAUUUUCUCUAUACUUAUCUCAUCAAAGAAAUGUCAUGACUAAUCCGUACUUGAAUUUUUGCGAAGAAGUCAUCACUAAUGCAAGCACUGUAGUCUUUACUAAUGAACCAAAUCACAUAUUAGUUGGAAGUCACGAUGGACAAAUAAUUCUUUGGGACUGUGACAAUCGUAAACCAAAAAUUUUUAGCGGUCAUAAUAAAAAAUAUGCUAUUAAAAAAAUUGUUUUAUCUUUGCCUGGUGAUUACUUUCUGGCGUUGAGUGAAGAUGGUGUUUUAAAAUUGUUUGCAUUGAGUGAAAAUGAAUAUACAAGUAAUGGCCUGAACAUUCCCGUGCAAAAUCCCCGCCAUAAGCAAACAUUUUGGACUGGCUUCUUUGAAACUACGCACGAUGAUAGUUUGAAAACAUUUUCUGUUCAUAAUGAGAUAAUUACUGACAUGAAAUUUGCCCAAACAAAUAAUAAAAUUGCUGUUUGUACAACUGUAGGAACUGUAAUGUUGUGGGAUGAAAAUGGAAAUUUUGAGUGGCAAGACAAGUACAAACAUCAUCGUUUUGGAGGUGUAUCUUUUACUACAAUGGACAAUUUACUUCACGUAAUGGAUGAGACAAUUUCUGUUGUUAGAAUUUACAAAAAGAACCAAGAACGUGGUUAUACAUAUGUUUCUCAAUUUAAUUUACAACUUAAUAAUCCAAGAGUCAUUUAUUUUUCUAAACAUCCAAUGGAAGAUAAUUGCUUAGUUAUUGUCACUGAUAAAACAGCCUUAUAUUUCAAAUGGUUCUACAAUAACAACGAGCAUAUUCAUAGUUACGAGAAAUAUAUAAAAACCGAAGAAAAAAAUAAACAUACACAUUAUGUUGCCGCAACAUUAACUUACGAUGCAAGAUAUUUAAUUAUCGGUAACUCAAAAGGCAUAAUUAGUGUGAUGAAGGCAUUUAAUCCUGAUGAUUUGAUAACAUAUUUUAAAGGUUACGUUACAUCAUUGGAUUCAUAUUGGAUGGAUUACGAAGAUUUUCAUUUAAUAUGUGGUAGUGAGAAAAGAUGGAUUUAUAGAUGGAGAAUUGGAGCUGAUGAAAAACCAAAGUCAGUUAAAAAACUAUUGUUUGACGCAAAAAUGGAAAAUUUAGGCAAGGAAAAUACAGUAGUGUUAAAAACAUCUCCAAGUACAAUAACUGCUUAUAACGGGAAAAAAAUAAUUACUAAGAUUGAGUCACAUCAUGGGAAAAUUAUGAGCAUAAAUCUUUAUGAUAAUGCACAAAAACUUAUUUACAUUACAGAAACAGGUUCCGUUGUCAUAUACAGUAUGCUCACUGAAAAAUCAACACAAAUAUCAAAGCUUGAUUCCGUUGAUAGUUUUAUUAAUGUGAUAAAAAUUGAGAAUAAUUAUAUGGUGUUGUGCAGAGCUAUAAAUAAUAGUUUACAGGUAUGGAGAAACAUCAAAAUAUCUCAAUUGAUCGAGGGCUCUGGUCAUGUCAUUUUUGUACAUAAAAUAACUGAAAAUUGCGCAUUGACUGUAGCGAAAAGUGGCAAGAUGAAAUAUUGGAUUAUUGAAGAUUUUAAAUGGCGAGAAUUAUACGAAUUUACGGAUAACGAUGGCACGAUUAUAUAUAGUUGUUUAAGUAGUCUUAAAUUAUUCUUAGCAGUGUUGAAAGAUGAAUCGAAAGUAGUAAUUUAUAAAAUGCCAAAUAUUGAAAAUGAACAAUCAGACAAUAUGAAAAUAGAAUGUUACAUGAAAUAUCGUUACAAACAGCAAUUAAAUUCAUGUCAAUUUUCUCAAGAUGAGAAAUAUUUGGCUUUGGCACUAGAUGGUGGAGACAUAUGUAUAAUCGACGUUUUGGCACAAGCUGAAUUGGGCAGAUUAUCAUUACACUGCAGUACCGUUACACAGCUGCACUGGUCGCCCGUAUCGAUUGGUGUGCCUAUUCUUCUGUCUGUAAAUUGUGACGAGUUGGCCUGGUGGAAUGUGGCUUUUCUCAAGAGUCCCGACAAAAGUCAAAAUCGACGUAGUCGGAUGGGUUUCAGUCGUAGUAUUAGUAAUCCGACUGUUGGCAUAAGUCCGCGUUCAAGCUGCAAGAUUCCAAGCAGCCAGAGUGCCGAAUUAUCAGCUGUUGGGGAGAAAGUCUCGACGCUAUUACUAAACGUUGAUGAAUACUGGAAUCGCAAACUGGCUAAGAGCGGUAAUCCUGAAAGACCAGCGUUACUCGGUUGCGUGCAACUUCCCUCGAGUUGUACGGACAAGCUUGAAUUUUUAAUGCUUAAUAAGGAUAAUUAUUGGGUUGCUACUUGA